UUUUAGUGAAAAUACUAAGUUAAUUUUUCUGAAAAUGUGUGAUAUAAAGACAAAUUUCGUGACGCACGAUCUAGUGCACAAUCUGCGAUGCAACAGACGCGGUCCCAGGAUAAGGCACGAUAUGAAAAAGACAAGGACAUGGCCGGGAGCCCGAUUUAUGUGCGUUUGCAAGAACGGAGAUUUGAAUACGGCUGCCUACUGUUUGGCCGAGUUGAUGCACGAGCCCUUCCAGCCGUUUCCCAUGGCCACGGUGGCAGUGCAUCACUCGAUCCGGGAUGAGUUCAUCGCGAUGCUGAGGAGUCGCUUCCGGCAGCUGAAGCCGCAUGUGGCCAACCAUCCGAAUUUCGUGCGGGCCGUCGAGGAGCUGAAACAUGGACUGCGACCUGUGAAAUACGUGCUGGCCGAUGUGGCCGAUGCUCCGGCCUGUGCCAGUCCGAUUUUGAUAACCGACGCCGUUACCCAUUUGUUCUUUCCCAGCGGUCCCUCGGGAUGCACCACCCUGCAUUCCUUCCACACGAUGCAGCAUGUGGCGCAGAUCUUUCACCGAGAGACCCCGAAUUUUGAUGCCGUCUAUUACUUUGACGAGGGCAUUACGGGUGUCUAUACUUUGGCCAAGCUGAUCAAGUGCGUGCAGUUCUUUGUGAACUGCAUGGAUGCCUGCCUGCUAGAGAUCAUGCCUUUCUACAUGGAGCAUAAGCCCAUGGUGCUCUUCAAGCGGGGCUAUCACUACGAGACCCUCGAACUGGACCAUCAGUGGAAGAUCAUCGUGUUUCCCUAUAGCAGCUCCAUCUUGAGGCAGUGUUGCUGUCCCACGGGCCAUUGUCGCUGCUAUGCCACCCACUCGGCCUGCUGUGAAGACCAUUUACACACUUAGGAGAUGCCUCCUUUUCUGGGAUC